UGUGGGGGAUGGUUUUCCGAGUCCAGACCGAGAGUCCACGGUCGGGCCUAUCCGGGGCGAACAAGCGCACAGCGCAAGCGAGACGAGCGUGCGAUACGGACAGGAUAGGGGUUUGUUGUGAAAUAAGGAAUCCCGCUAUAAGAUGACCACCUGUCGUGAUUUCAACAAUUCGAUAGCGGGGUAAAAAUCUGCGUCCUGCGUCUUGCGUCCUUCAACCAUCGUAAUAUACCACAACCCCGUCUUAUCCUCAAACCAGCAUCAUGCGUGAAAUUAUUCACCUCCAAACCGGCCAGUGUGGCAACCAAGUCGGAACUGCUUUCUGGCAAACCAUUCACCCUGAGCAUGGCUUGGAUCAGGAUGGACAGUUCACUGGAACUGAUGAGCAGCAAUCUGAGCGAUUGAACGUCUACUUCACCGAGGCCGGUAGACAAAAGUAUGUCCCUCGCGCUGUCUUGGUCGAUCUCGAGCCCGCCACGAUGGAGGCGAUCCGCUCCGGCCCGCUGGGCAACCUCUUCCGCCCGGACAACAUGGUCAACGGCCAAUCCGGCGCCGGUAACAACUGGGCAAAGGGCCACUACACCGAGGGCGCCGAGCUCGUCGACUCCGUCCUGGACGUCGUGCGCCGCGAGGCCGAGGCUUGCGACAGCCUUCAGGGGUUCCAAAUCACCCACUCGCUCGGUGGCGGUACGGGAUCCGGUAUGGGCACUCUGCUCAUUGCAAAGGUCCGCGAAGAAUUCCCCGAUCGUAUGAUGGCCACCUUCUCCGUCCUCCCGUCCGCCAAGGUCUCUGAAGUCGUCGUCGAGCCGUACAAUGCUACCCUGUCGAUCCACCAGCUCGUUGAAAACUCGGACGAGACGUUCUGUAUCGAUAACGAGGCGCUGUACGAUAUCUGCAGACGCACGCUUAAGCAGGCCCAUCCUUCAUACGGACACUUGAACCACCUCGUGUCGAGAGUCAUGUCCGGCCUGACGACUGGUUUCCGCUUCCCCGGCCAGCUCAACGCUGAUCUCCGCAAGUUGGCUGUUAACCUCGUGCCCUUCCCGAGAUUGCACUUCUUCACCGUCGGAUUCGCGCCCCUCACCUCUUCCGCGUCCUUCUCGAACCUUGGCGUCGCCGAGCUCACGCAGCAAAUGUUCGACCCCAAGAACGUCAUGUUGGCGUCCGACUUCAGAGAUGGACGCUUCUUGACUUGCUCCACCAUGUUCCGCGGAAAGGUGUCCAUGAAGCAGGUCGAAGACCAAAUUCACGCCAUCAAGACCAAGAACUCCACCAACUUUGUUGAGUGGAUCCCCAACAACAUUCAAACUGCCCACUGCUCCGUCCCGCCCAAGGGUCUCGACGUCUCGUCCACGUUCAUCGGCAACUCCACCGCGAUUCAGAACAGUUUCCGCAGAGUUGGCGAGCAGUUCAGCGUCAUGUUCCGCAGAAAGGCCUUCUUGCACUGGUACACUGGCGAGGGUAUGGACGAGAUGGAGUUCACAGAGGCCGAGUCCAACAUGAACGACUUGGUGUCCGAGUACCAGCAGUACCAGGACGCGGGCAUGGAUGACGAGUAUGCCGAGGAGUACGAGGAUGAGGUUCCCGCCGAGGAGGAGUAGAGAGUCGCGGUGUCAACAUGGCAAGGUCAUAGUCACGUUGCCCAUUAUAGUUCCGAUUGGAUCCAGUGACUGAAUGCUAUUAUCAUUUAGCACCACGAUCCCCCUUCAAAACAUUAGACAACUAAUUAUAUAUGUAAUUGUGUUGAUGGGUGUGCACAGCAGACAUAGCUUGUAGCGUUCGAUACGAAUAGUGAGA